AUCUGGCCCAACGCGCAUGUACCAGGGAUGAGAUACCUGGUCGACAAGAUGAAACGCAGAUAGGCAAAGGCUCCACCGCCUCCGUUGACCAGCCCUCUGUUUAGUCGGGGAGAGAGCCCGAGCGGCAAAGAUGGUGAGCCGGUUGCUCAGCCGCCACUCGCUGGCGCGCUUUUGCCAGAAGCUGACCAGGGUGAAGACCUUGGAGGAGAACCUGAUGGAGACGGCUCUGAACCGUUGCCUGUCCACCUUCGACCUGACCAUGCUGGGCAUCGGUGGCAUGGUGGGCUCCGGCCUCUACGUGCUGACCGGCACGGUGGCCAAGAACGUGGCCGGCCCCGCCGUCAUCGUCUCCUUCCUCAUCGCCGGCUUCGCCUCGCUGCUGGCCGCCUUCUGCUACGCCGAGUUCGGCUCGCGCGUGCCGAAGACGGGCUCGGCCUACAUGUUCACCUACAUCUCCGUGGGCGAGUUCUGGGCCUUCCUCAUCGGCUGGAACAUCAUCCUGGAGUACAUGAUCGGGGGGGCGGCCGUGGCCCGGGCCUGGAGCGGAUACCUAGACGCCAUCUUCAGCCACCGGAUCCGCAACUUCACCGAGACCCACGUCGCCUCGUGGGACGUGCCCUUCCUGGCGCCCAACCCCGACUUCCUGGCCGCGGGGAUAUUGCUGCUGGCCACCGCCUUCAUCACCUGCGGCGCCAGAGUGUCCUCCUGGCUGAACCACCUGUUUGCCGCCGUCAGUCUGGGCAUCAUCCUCUUCAUCCUGGUCUUCGGCUUCAUCCUGGCCGAUCCCGCCAACUACGGCGCCGCGCAGGGCGGCUUCGCCCCCUUCGGCUUCUCGGGCAUCAUGGCCGGCACCGCCACAUGCUUCUUCGCCUUCGUGGGCUUCGACGUGAUCGCCGCCUCCAGCGAGGAGGCCCGAAACCCCCAGAGGUCGGUCCCCAUAGCGACCGGCAUCUCCCUGGGCCUGGUCACCGUGGUCUACACCUUGGUGUCGGCUGUCCUCACCCUCAUGGUGCCCUGGCACACCCUCGACCCCGACUCGGCCCUGGCCGAUGCCUUCUACCGACGGGGGUAUUCCUGGGCUGGAUUCAUCGUGGCCGUGGGGUCCAUCUGCGCGAUGAACACGGUCCUCCUGAGCAACCUCUUCUCCCUGCCGCGGGUGGCCUACGCCAUGGCCGAGGACGGGCUGCUCUUCAGGGUGUUCUCCCGGCUCAACCCGGUCACCAAGGUCCCGGUGAUCGGCAUCGUGGUGUUCGGCGGGCUGAUGGCCGUCCUGGCCCUGGUGUUCGACCUGGAGUCGCUGGUGCAGUUCCUCUCCAUCGGCACGCUGCUGGCCUACACCUUCGUGGCGGCCAGCAUCGUCGUGCUCCGCUACCGGGGCAGCCGGGGCGAGGGGCCGGCGUCGCCCGCGGCAACCGCCGCCAGCCCACAACCGUCGGACGGAGGAGGAGGAGGAGGAGGACUGAAGGAAUACGAGUCGUUCUCCGACAAACUCCAGCUGGUGGAGAGGGAGCGGUCGACCAAGGAGAAGAGGGGGCCGGGCCAACUCAGGUCAGCCUUCGAGCCUUACUUGCCCUUCCUGGUCGACUUUGCCCCGGGUGAACUAGUGACGAUGGCGGUGGUUGCCAUGGUGACCUGCUCCGUCUGCCUGAGCUGCGUCCUGAUCUUUGGCACAAGUUAUCUUCAGCUUCCCCACUGGGCCUUCAUUUUGUUCGCCACGCUCUUCGCCGCCGGCUUCCUCCUCAGCCUGCUCCUCAUCUGGAUUCACGAACAACAGGAGAAACUCAGCACUUUCCAGGUUCCGCUGGUGCCUUUGAUUCCCGCUCUGAGUAUCUUACUGAACGUGUACCUGAUGUUGAAGCUAAGUUUGAUGACCUGGUUGAGAUUUUUCGUUUGGCUCGCAAUAGGUUUCCUCAUCUACUUUAGCUACGGGAUAUGGCACAGCAAGGAAAACCUACGGGAGCCCAAGCCCAGGGACAUCUCCGCCCGCUACGUGGUGCUGCCGAGCGGCGGCCUGGUGGAGACGGUGCAGACGGUACAGCCGGAGUCUCGAGGGGCGGCCGGCAUCGUGGAGGCGACUGGAGAGGAGGAGGGGAGAUAGUGACGAGGGCGGACCCAAUGAGAUGCCCCACUUCAGUGUUUGCCACCAACCACCGCCACCAACCACCGCCACCAACCACCACCACCAACCACCGCCACCAACCACCGCCACCAAC